AUGAGUCUUACCGCAAAAGAUAAAGCCACAGUGAAGGCCUUCUUCGGCAAUGUUGCCUCUAAGGCUGAUGAUAUUGGCAGGGAGGCUUUCGCAAGGACUCUGUACGUGUACCCUCAGACCAAGACUUACUUCUCCCAUUGGGCAGACUUGAGCCCUGAAUCACCUCAGGUGAAGAAACAUGGACAGACAGUGAUGAAGGGAGUCCUCAGUGCUAUUGAAGUGAUCGAUGAUCUCAGCGGUGGCCUGAUUAACCUCAGCGAGCUGCACGCUUUUAUGCUGCGCGUGGACCCUGCUAACUUCAAGAUCAUCAACCACAACCUGCUUGUGGCGCUCGCGAUGUUGUUUCCUGAGGACUUCACCCCUGAGGUGCACGUAUCUGUGGACAAGUUUUUGGCUCAGGUCAGCCUGGCCCUGUCUGAGAAAUACAGAUAA